AUGAAGGAAAUGAAAUUAGCCUUCUUUGAUAGUGGUUCACAACUAUUCUUUAUAUUCGAUGACUUAGCAUAUCGAUCAAACCUUAAUGGAACAGAAAAGGAAAUGGAAUUGUACCCACUUGGCACUAAUACACCUAAGUUGUAUUUUACUGCAUACAUAUAG